CACACACACACACACACAAUAAUGUAUCUUUUCUAUUCCUAUUCUUAAGUAAAGAGAGAAGGUUUUUGUUUUUCUUUUAUUUUUCUUUUCUUUAUUCUUUUUGAUGGGUAAUCAAGCAAGUAAAGAUAGAUUGAUGGAUUAUGCUAAUCAUAAUCAUUGUCACAUACAUCAAGAGAUUCAACUAGAAUGGGAAUAUCCAACACCUGUUUCUCCUCAUAGCUACAUUAAAAAGAAGAAGAAAAAGAUAGAAGAAGCCAUCAUCAUUAGUCCUACUCAAUAUCAAUUUGUCUUGGCAGAUCAUAUAUCACCUCUGAUAUCUCUUUCUGCAGCUGCUUCUUUAAAGCAAAGAACAUGCUCUGUUAUUCAGAAUAGUCAGCAAAAGAAAAGAGAAGAGGAAUUAUGGGUUUAUGAAUAUGGUGCUGAAAAUGAACGUGAUAGACAAACAAGACAACAUUAUGUAUUGAAGCUAGUCUUUAAUGGAAAUAUCCAUGUUCAAUUAAAUAAUCCGGAAAGAAUACUAGAAAGUGCAUGUGGAGUAGGAUUAUGGUCAAUAGAGAUGGCUCAAGCUUAUCCAAAUUGCCAAGUUAUUGGUAUAGAUAUCAUACCACCUUCAGAGAAAGAAGGAUGGACUCAGUCAUCAAAAUCUAUUGAACAGAGAAUACAAUUUCAGUAUAGCGAUAUAUUAUUGAAUCCUAUAUCAUUUCCUAAUGAUUAUUUUGAUUUCAUUUAUCAAAGAGAUGUGGCUACUGUGGUGCCUUUUACAGUAUGGCCAAAACUAAUAUCUGAAUUCUUUCGAAUACUUAAACCUGGAGGACAAAUUCAACUAGUUGAGUAUGACCUAUUAUUCAAAAACCCAGGCCCAGUUUUGACUCAGGUAAACGAGUAUUAUCGUAUAGCAGCAUCUGCUAUUGAUGUCAAUCCAGAUUAUACAUUUUCAUUACCAGAUUAUUUAAAGGAAGCAGGGUUUACUAAUAUUGAAAUCAAGACAUAUGAUAUACCUAUUGGUGAAUGGCCAGCUACAGAUUUAGAGAAGCAAUAUGGAUAUUUAUAUAAAGAACAAAUGAGGGCUUUAUUUAAAUCAAUGAAACGAUGGUGGUGUUCAGAAAUUAAGGUAUUAUCUAAACAAGAAUAUGAUAGAGUAUGUUUAGAAGCUUUAGAUGAAUUUGAAGAUUUUCAUAGCUAUGCUUGUUGGAAAAUAUUUACUGCGACAAAGAAGAAAUAAUCAUAUUAUUUUAUUAUAUACCCUACCCUAUCUUAUUAAAUCUAAAGAGAAGGAGUUGUUGCUGCUAUUGCAUAAAAAAAAAAAAGAGAGAGAGAGAGGAGCUAUAAAUGUUUUAAAUAGUGCAGGAGUCAAAG